UGAAGCAUAAUCUAUCUAACGUGCUCCAAAGUCAGAUUGACUAAAUCUAUCUAAAAAUUGAGUGAAGUGAAAGAAAAUAAAAAAAUAAACAUUUAAAAUACCUACAAAAUAUUGCAUAAGACUUAAAAAAUCUAUCAUAAAAGUGUUGCAGUGUGUGAUAUUAAACAAAACAAACAUACAAAAAAAAAACUAAUUUAUUCAAUCGAUUUUGUAUCUGUGAUUAUAAAAAAAACUAUCUAAACAUCAUCAUCAUCAUCAAUACAUAAUGACACAACCAUUGCGUCUUGCCAUAAUCGGACAGAGCAACUUUGCUGCUGAUGUCUUAGAACUUUUGCUCGAAAAGAGUUUCACUAUUGCCGGAGUGUUUACCAUUCCCGACAAGGGAAGUCGUGAAGAUAUUCUCGCUAGCACAGCUAAGCGUCAUGAUAUUCCCGUUUUUAAAUUUCCAUCAUGGCGUCGGAAAGGAAUUGCCAUUCCCGAAGUAUUGGAGAAAUACAAAUCGAUUGGAGCAACUUUGAAUGUCCUGCCAUAUUGUUCCCAAUUCAUACCGAUGGAAGUGAUUGAAGGUGCAGAAUUGGGAAGUAUUUGCUACCAUCCAUCGGUAUUGCCUCGUCAUCGGGGUGCCAGUGCUAUAUCUUGGACUAUGAUUGAAGGUGAUGAUAUAGCUGGAUUUUCAAUCUUCUGGGCUGAUGAUGGUUUGGAUACUGGUCCACUUCUACUGACUAAACAAUGUCCCUUGGAAUCAACAGACACUUUGGAUACAAUUUACAAAAGAUUCUUGUAUCCUGAGGGAGUGAAAUCUAUGGGAGAAGCUGUUGAAAUGGUUGCCAAAGGAACUGCCCCAAAAAUUCCACAAACUGAAAUUGGUGCAACUUAUGACCCAGCGAUGUUUAGGGAAGAAAAUCAAAUAAUCAAUUUGAAUCAAUCGGGAAUGAGAAUUUUCAAUUUUAUCCGAGGUCUUGAUUCGGUGCCGGGAGCAUUGGCAAUUGUUGAAAAUGAAGAUGGAACUGAGGAGAAAAUUCGUCUCUUCGGGGCUCACAUUUAUUCGGCGGGACCAGUAAAAGGUCGAUCGAUAGUUUUGAAGGGCUUGAAAAAGUCAGCUUAUAUCCAUGACGAUGGUCUGUUAAUUCAAGGAACUGAUGGAACCUUUGUAAAUAUCAGAAGAGUCAAGAAAGGAUCAAAAAUGAUUGCAGCCAGUGACUUGUUCAAUCAGUCACAAGGUCAACAAAUCGACGAUCUCACUGAGGAAGAAUUGGGAAAGAAGGAAGUUAUCCGAGGAAUUUGGAAUUCCAUUCUAAAAAUUCCCAUUGAAGGUGAUGUUGAUUUUUUUGCCUCUGGAGCUGGAUCAAUGGAUGUUGUGCGAUUGGUUGAAGAAUGCAAAGAUGCAUUGGAUAUUCCUCUCGAGAAUGAAGCAGUUUUUAUGGCUCCCGUUUUUGAUGAAUUCUUCUUAGAAAUUGUUAAGGCUCUUCGUCAAGGAAGUUUAGGCUCCAAUAUGAAGGUUUACUUUGAUGGAUUUGUUAUGCAUGCCAAUAAGAAAGAAAUCCCAGUUCCAACACAACUUUUCAUCAAUGGAAAAUUCAUCGAUGCUGAAGGUCGACAGACCUGUGAAAUUGUCAACCCAACUAAUGCCGAGGAGCUUUGCAAAGUUGCAUGUGCUUCAGUAAAUGAUGUUGAUCUAGCAGUUCAAGCUGCUCACAAGGCAUUUAAUGGCUCAUGGAAGCAAAUUUCUGCCAGACAACGAGGACAACUUAUGAUGAAAUUGGCCGACCUGAUGGAACAGCACAAAGAAGAGCUGGCUACGAUAGAGGCUGUGGAUUCAGGAGCUGUAUACACAUUGGCCUUGAAAACUCACGUGGGAAUGUCAAUAGAUGCUUGGAGAUAUUUCGCCGGUUGGUGUGAUAAGAUCUUAGGCAGCACAAUUCCAGUUAAUCCCGCAAGACCAAAUAAUGUUUUGACCUUUACCAAAAAGGAACCAAUUGGUGUCUGUGGCUUGGUUACACCAUGGAAUUACCCUCUAAUGAUGCUUUCAUGGAAAAUGGCUGCUUGCAUUGCUGCCGGAAACACUUGCAUCAUUAAACCAGCACAAGUUUGCCCUUUGACAGCUUUGAAAUUCGCCGAACUCUCAGUAAAGGCUGGUUUCCCACCAGGCGUUAUCAAUGUCGUUCCCGGAUUGGGUUCGGUCGCUGGACAAGCUCUAGCCGACCAUCCUUUGGUUAGAAAAUUAGGCUUUACAGGAUCCACACCUAUUGGCAAGACUAUCAUGAAGUCUUGUGCUGCUUCGAACCUGAAGAAAUGCUCUCUGGAACUUGGUGGAAAAAGUCCGUUGGUAAUUUUUGCCGAUUGUGAUCUUGAUAAAGCUGUGAAACAUGGUAUGUCAUCGGUAUUUUUCAAUAAAGGUGAAAACUGCAUAGCAGCUGGAAGACUCUUCGUUGAAGACACAAUUCACGAUGAAUUCAUACGAAGAGUGGUUAAAGACCUUCGCACAAUGACUAUCGGCGAUCCAUUGAACCGUUCCACAGCUCACGGUCCACAAAACCACAGAGCACACUUUGAGAAACUUAUCGAAUUCGCUAAGCGAGGUGUGGCUGAAGGUGCAACUCUCGUCUAUGGAGGCAAACCAGUACCAAAUACCAAAGGUUUCUUCUUCCAGCCAACCGUUUUCACAAAUGUCGAAGACAACAUGUUCAUUGCUAAAGAAGAAUCCUUCGGGCCGAUUAUGAUUGUGUCGAAAUUCAAUGGAUCUGAUAUUGAUUCAGUGAUGAAACGGGCCAAUAACACCGAAUAUGGUUUAGCAUCGGGAGUGUUUACACGAGAUAUUGCGAAAGCACUGGCAUUUGCAGAUCGUGUUGAAGCUGGUACCGUUUUUGUAAAUGUUUACAACAAGACUGAUGUAGCUGCACCAUUUGGUGGUUUCAAACAAAGUGGUUUCGGCAAGGACCUGGGACAGGACGCUCUCAACGAAUACCUGAAGACAAAGUGUGUGACGAUAGAAUACUAAGGAAGGUAUUAUAUCCUUCCGGAAUCUCAUAGCCUGUAAUUAAUUUAUUUUUAAAGAAAUAAAAUCCUAGCAUAAGCUCUUUUCUAUUAAAAAAAAAAUA